CGAUAAUGGCCAUCAUUGGGACAAAACCCUUCUUUGUCUACAAAACUAAAAUAGAACGUCAAAGCUUUGGUUAAUAAGGUGUGUACCAGUAGGAUUGGCUAAGCAGUCAUGUCAUCCCACAAGCAAGACGAGUUGUGGUGCCAUGACUGUGGCAAGAGUGUACCAGGAAUAUGCAAGAAACAUGGUGGUUUUACACAAGUUUUUGAUAAUGCAAUACCCUCAAGAGCACGACUAACAUGCCCAGCUGGUCUUGUAAUUAAGCAGGUGAAGACAGAUGAUGGUAAAACAUCUUAUGGUAUCUUUGCUAAAAGAAUAAUACAAUGCAGAUCACAGUUUGGACCUCUAUAUGGACAAGUUAAAUCAACAGAAAAAUAUACUCCAAAGAAAGACACAACAGAUGUUAGUAGAGAUGAAAAAUCACCAAUUUCUAAGGAAACCACUGAGGAAAGAACACCUAGUGUUCAACUUAUUGAGCCUGAAAUAACUAACCAAAUUUCACAAAAUAUUCCUCAAAAUUCUCAGCAACAAGAAGCUGACAUUCAAAGACAAUUAAGCAUUGAAACCCAGCAACAACAACAACAUAUUAACAGUUCUGAAAUGAUCCCACACAAUGACGAAGGACAUUUACUGUUACAGAACAUUGAUGGGUUUGAUACUGCUAAUAUGCAACAACAGUUAGUAUCUCAGCAAUAUACACAACAGAACAACAAUACUUUUACAUUACAACACCCGAACAUUGACAAGGCUACACAGAUAAUGAACAUCCAGAACUGUUUACAUGCUGGUCCUUACGGUGAUGCAGGGCUACAACAUUUAUCUGGUGGCUAUACUCCACAGCAGGCAUUAGAUAUAGUGACAACAUUGUCUGGGGAUACAGCUGUCAGUCAGUUUGAACAACCACAAUUGUCACAAGACCUAACUCUGCAAGCUUCAAUUGAGGCUGGUAUAACACCAGCAGAUAGUUAUGUUAGUGAAGGAUUAACAGAAACACAGCUUUUAGAGCAUCAAAUAGCUGUAGCCACACAGGAACUUCAGAACAUGACUUCUGAUCAACAACCCUUACCACCAAGUAGUAUGUCUCUUUCUUCACUGGAAAAUACUACUUUGCCUUCAACUGAACACAUGCAGCAUAAUACUACUGAGUCAUUACAGCAAAAUGCUGUUCUUGCCUCAACUGAACCUUUGCCUACAGAACUUACCAGUGAAUCAGACCAGCGGCCGCAAAACACCACUGAUGAACCUCAUGCCACAGAAGUUACAGAACAGACAGGGGGAAAGGAAAAGGAAACAGAAGAAAAAGAACUAGAUUAUACCUACGAGAUUAAGAUAUUUAAGGAUGACGACUAUGUUGAUAAUAUUGAUAUCUCUGAUGAAGAUAAAUGUAACUGGAUGAUGUUUGUUAGACCGGCCAGAAAUACAGCCGAACAAAAUGUUGUUGUCUAUCAACAAGACCAGCAUAUUUUCUUUGUAUCUAUAAAGCCAAUUCCUUCUAACACUGAGAUAAAAGUUUGGUAUUCUGCUGAGUAUGCUGAGAUGAUGGACAAACCACUUCUGCCUGAUCCAGAACCUAUCAUUACAGAGACACCUGAUCAAGAAGCAACAGGUGUGGCUGCGAAGUGGGUGUGCUCAGUUUGCUAUGAUGGUUUCAGUGCUUUUGCUGAUCUAGAAGCCCACCUGUGUCCAGGACUUCCACCUGACAGUCGUAGAUUAAGGGGCAGACCCAGGAAAGGAAGGCCAAGAAAGUAUAUCAAACCAUCCAAAACUUGGAGAGCUAGACUGGAGAAGUCUAGAAUGUUAAAAGCUAAGGUUGUCGAUCCUUCACAGACUCUUCCACCAAGAAGGAGAGGGAGACCUCCCAAAAAUAAAAGACCAGCCUUGGAUAUUCCUCCACCCCUACAAGUUGAGGAGACACCUGAUGAUCAGGUUCUAGAUGGGGAACCAGAAGAUAAAGCGUACAUGGAACAAGUCAUGGACGAUGAGGAAGAUGAGGAGAAGACAACUACAGAAAUGUUAGAUGAAAUAUUGGGAGCAGACGAAGAUUAUCCUGAACCUAUGCCACGUAGACGUGGUCGUAAAAAGGGAAGGAUUCCUCGUGGACCUAGGGCAUCUAGACGUGAACCAAUGCAAUGUCCCCAUUGCACAGAAACAUUUACAAAAGAAGCAUUGUUUGUAAUACAUGUAUCUGACCAUACUGGAGUCAAACCGUUUAUUUGUGAAGUAGCUGAAUGUUCUAAAGGAUUUAUGUCCAAAUUUAAAUUAGAAAGACAUCGUUUGAUUCAUACCUGUCCCCGUCAUCACAAGUGUCCUUAUUGUGACAAGUCAUUCAAUCGUAAAGAUCACCUGAAAAAUCACAUGAUUACUCAUGAUCCAAAUAAGAAAAGAUGGGUGUGUGAAGAGUGUGGAAAGGAAUAUUCUUACAACUUUUCCUACAGAACUCACAAGGCAUUUCACGAUGCCGAUGCAGGAAGGUCGACAGAGUGUGGAAUUUGUCACAAGCAGCAUGAGACUAGGGAAGAAUUAUUGUAUCAUUUGAAAGUACACAGUGGUGCCCGUUCAGUGAAAAACUGUACAGAAAAAAUACAUGCUUGCCCUGAAUGUGGAAAGAAGUUUUAUACAAGGAAAGAUGUGAGAAGACACAUGAUUACUCAUACAAAGAAAAAAGACUUCUUAUGUCAAUACUGUCCACAAAGAUUUGGACGCAAGGAUCACCUGACUCGUCAUUUGAGAUCCUCUCAUAGUGGUGACAAUGCUAACAAACCUCCUAGAGCACCUAGAGGAGAAAGGAAAGAAAAAUUGAAGGAGUAUGAAAAAGUUAGUGCUGCAGUGUUUCAAGCUCUUAAUAUUCCGAGGGAAGAUCCAACAGUGCUGGUCACAUCACAACCAAACAUUAACAGCAUUUAUCAUACCAUGCAAACAGCUGACGGCCGUGAAUUAGCCGUUCCUAUUCAAUUGUAUGAAAAUAAUGCUCAGUCUGUGAUUAAUAUGUCAAAUAUGCAGAAUAUACAUCAGCAACAACAUAUACCUGCUCAAAUGCAAAGUAUGCAGGUUACUUCAAUUGGAUCGCAGAUGCAGUUAACGGAUCAAAGAUACAUAGAUGUUAGUGGGGGUGCCAUACGUCAUCAACAGCAAGGUAUGGAUCCAAAUGCUCAAACUAAUGAGUAUCGACAACAUCAGGUGCAAACACACGGCACAAUGUACCUGGCAAACCAACAGCAACCUGCCCAACAACAAAUUAUAAACAAAGAUGUUAAUUUAGAUAUGAUUAGAACAAAUGGUGUCAUACCAGCUGAAUACCAAGUGAACCGUGACCAGACCAAUCGACCAACUGUUGUGCAGACAAAUGAUAAUAGACAACAGUCUCAGACAUUUUCCACAUUAUUAGGAUACAUGGAGACUUUAAGAUUUUUAGAGAAUCUACCGACCACUGCACAAGGUGGUGUAAUAGCUCAGAUAGAAGGUGGACCCCCUACUAUGGUUCCUAUCCAGUCGUCAGCUUAUGCAGGCAAUGCUCCACUUAAUAUGAGCCAUCAAAAUGAAAUGCAAAAACGUAUACAGAUACCUGUGUCACAACAGAUUAUUCAACAGCAACAGCAACAACAGCAACAACAACAUACUUAUCAACCACAGACAUAAAUAAUUAUCAGUAUGAAUAUAUGUCUAGGAUUCAUAAUGUAAUAGAUUCAAAUGUCUUGAUUUAAAGGUUAUGAUUUUCCAUAAUGUUGGAGAAUUUUAUGUUUAUGUUUUGUUUGCCUAUAUUUUAAGUUAUCAGAGAGAGUCGUUUACUUUUGCAGUUUCACUUAUGAUUAUCAUGAUUGUUUUACUGAAAUUUUCUUUUUCCUCUGAAACUGUCAGUCAAUGAAAUAUAACUUUUAUACUAAAAUUCUGUUUGUAUUCAGAUGUUUUAACAGAUAAAUACAUCAUGAGGCCAUCAGUUUCCAUUUUAUAAUAUUUUAAAACGAUUUUAGUAAGCUUUUUGUUUCUAAAAUUGUUAGUGCCUUAAAACCACCUGUUUUGUUGGAGGAAUUUUUUAAAAUAAAUUUUCACUUUAAAACAUGUUAACUACAGAAAAUAAUCCUUUAUUUUUUUACGUACAAAAGUCACGACAUUAUCAAUGUUGAAUAAGAAUAUUUUCCUAGAGUUCAUGGGGUAUUACUGUUAAAUGAUUAUUAUUUAUUCAUUUUAUUAAUAUUAGAUAUUUUAACUAAAAUCAUACAUGAGUUACCAACUUCCUUGCAAGUUUUCAUUGCUAUUUUUAAUUUUUAUCAGGAGCUAUUUUAAAAUAUAUCACUUUUUGAAACCAAAAUUUCUUAAGUUCAAACUUGGGUUAAUCUCAGUGUUGUAAAGGUGGAGUCUCCUGAUGUUAGUUAAAUGACUUGAGAAAUAUCGACUUGAUACAAUGAAUUGGUGUUUUUUGUAGCUAUGGAUAAAGUCAAAUUAUCUCCAUUGUAAGAAAAUUGGUAAACACAUGUAUGGUAUUUGGUGUAAGGUAUAAUAUAUGUCAUAUAUAAGUAAUUCUAAUAAUUAUUUAUCCCUGUGAGCUCAUUCAGCUGCAUGGUUGUGGUUGUUGUCUGACUGUAUCCCUGUGAGCUCACUCAGCUGCAUGGUGAGGUUGAUAUUGGACUGUAUCCCUGUGCGCUUACUCAGCUGCAAGGUUGUGGUUGAUAUAGGACUGUUUCUUCACAAACAGUUCACAUGUAUUCUAAAACAAAUCAUCAUUUACAUUGUAAAGUCUACAUUCAAAUCAAAUUUUUUAUUGUCAUUUCAAAGGCUUGAUGGAUAUUCCAAGAUGGUAUUAGCUACAUGUAGCUAGAUUAGAUGGUUGGCCUUAAUACCAGUCCAUUGUUUUAUAUCACAUGACAGUGUUAUGUACAGUAAUCAUAUUAACAGUUAAAUAUUUGUGCCAUAAAGGGAUAAUCAUCCAUCAUAUAUAAUUUCAUAACAUUAUAAAAUCAGUCCUUAAUUUCAGACAAAUAUUCCUCUUUUUUAUACACUUGUGUCAAACAGUAUAUACUCUAAGGCUAUGUACAAAUUGCAACUCAUCAUUUAUGUGUUUAUUUUACAGUAAAUCAAUGAAAAUACAUGUGCAUUACAUAAACAUUAUCUUUUUGAAUCAGAAAAGUUUCAACUUACUACUGCUGAAUUUUGUUUAAAUUUAAUUUUGUUCUGAAAAUUUCAUUUUUUUUUUAUUUGAGCAUGUGUCAUUGACAAUGUAUUAGUUAGGGAUUAGGUCAGUUUAAGAGGAAACACUUAUAAUUAGUCAAGGAUGCUUGGUAUGCAGCUGUACAGGUCACAUCUCAUUUCCAUGGAGAUUAUUUUGCCUUGAACCUUCAGUCACAGUUCAUUGACUCUGAAUGUUUUACAUAGUUUUCUUUUUAGUAUUGCAAAUUAAUUUGAAUAUUUACAUUUUACUAUCAAAGUUAAGUAUAAGAGAGACAAAUAUCUGUGUCAACAGUUUAUUAAAGGUAAAUAGGGCUUCAGGUGUAAUACAUUCCUAAAACAUUUUUGUGUUAUUUACCAAAUGUAAAAGACUCAGAAUUUAUUAGAAACAGAAAUAUGAUUUUUCAGUUUAACUUUUUGAUCCAGCAGUAGAGCCAUGUGGUAAUUCAUAUAAAUACACUUAAAAAUUCCAGGUUUCAAAAAAGUUCUAUUGACUUGAUUUUUGUUAAUAAUAAAAGAAUGUGACACUUGAAAAUGUCUGUUUAAGUCUAGUAAAUUAGUAUUAAUUCUUGUAAAUUUUGUGUAUUGAAAUAGAAGUUAACCCUCUAGUAAAGAUUUUAAGGGGAAAAUGACCAGUGAUAAAAUAAUACAAUUUUGUAAGACGUUUGUACAUUGUCUGGUGAAAAUCUUACCAGUAACAAAUAAAUGAAUUAAUAUAGAAAACAAAUUGUUAAAGAAAACUGCAUUAUAUAUUAUUUAAUGGUAUAUCUUUUGAUUGUUUCACAACUUUUAUAGACUUCGGACUAAUUAAAGGUUAACAUUUUGUAAAGACACAACUUUUAUAGACUUGGGACUUAUUAAAGGUUAACAUAUUGUAUAGACACCUGUCUGUUGUAAGAGACUGUAUGUUGUCAUCUAGAUAUCUUUUGGUUAUUUUUGUUGUUAGGUUGCUAUCUCAUUGACAUUACAUCAGGUCUCCUUUCUUUUAGUAUAAAUCUAUAAAUUUGAUUUUACUUGAUUUCGUUUUGGCAUUUAUAUAUCCAGACUCUUAACCAUUUUAGAGUUUAUGGAACAACAUUUAAAAUGGCAAUUCUUUCAUUUCAAAAUCUAUUUUCACAAUUUUGAUGCAAAAUUUUAUUUUGUAUAGGUGACAGUUUAUUUUAGGUUUAUUUUACAAAGGUUUACAGGAUUUAUGCAUGUAUUUUCAACUGCCAUAUUCCACCAUGUACAUUUAUAUAGCUCUUGAACAUAAAUUCCUCAAAUUCUGUAUGGGUAAGUAUGUAAAUGUUACUACUUGAUUUAUUUGUAUACUUGCCAUAGUUUAAAUGUUCUUCUCGUCAUAUAAAAAAAUGAUGGAAAGUUUGGUAAAGAUUUUUCAGUACUAUUUGGUGACGGUUAUACAUGGCUGCUUUGUAUGAUAUAUACGUGGGGCGUGGGUGCUUUAAUACAUUCAAACAUUGUUUUAGGAAACAUUAACAGCCAGGUCCUUAUUCAAAGGAUUUUAAAAGGGUCACAUCUUAUGAUAUCUGUAGUCCAGUUGUGAGAUUUGUAAUUCAUCUUGUAAGUUUAUAUUAAAAA